AUGGCGCCUAGCAAGACCCUCAUCUUCAAGCAGAUCCCCAAGGGCCUGCCCGUGCCCGGCCAGGACCUCGUCGUCGAGACGCGCGAGGUCGACCUGGAGACGCCUCCCCCCGGCGGCCUCGUCCUCGAGGUCCUCGAGGCCUCCUACGACCCCUACCUCCGCGGCCGCAUGCGCGAGCCCACCACCAAGUCCUACUCGCCCGCCUUCGCCAUCAACGACCCCGUCACCAACGCCACCCUCUCCAAGGUCCUCAAGAGCGACAACCCCAACUUUAAUGUGGGAGACUUUGUCCGCGCGCACACGCCCAUCGCCGAGUACGUGCGCCUCGACGAGCCCGCCAAGUUCUUCGCCUUCAAGGUCACCAACCCGCACUCCCUCGACCUCUCCUACUUCCUCGGCCCGCUCGGCAUGUCCGGCCUGACCGCCUGGUCCAGCCUGUACAAGAUCGGCCAGCCCAAGAAGGGCGAGACCAUCUUCGUGAGCUCCGCGGCGGGCUCGGUGGGCCAGAUCGUCGGCCAGAUCGCCAAGCACGAGGGCCUGACGGUGAUCGGGUCGGUCGGGUCCGACGACAAGCUCGACUUCAUCACCAAGGAGCUCGGCUUCGACGCGGGCUUCAACUACAAGAAGGAGAAGCCGGCGGAGGCGCUGCCGCGGCUGGCGCCGCAGGGCAUCGACAUCUACUACGAGAACGUCGGCGGGGAGCACCUCGCGGCCGCGCUGGACAACAUGAACGUCGGCGGGCGCAUCCCCGUCUGCGGCAUGAUCAGCGGGUAUAAUCAGCGCGCGGAAGAGCGCGCGAGCAUCAGCAACCUGAUCCAGCUGGUGGCCAAGCAGAUCCUGAUGCAGGGCUUCCUGGUCAACGCGCCGGGCUUCGGGCCGGACUACUUCCGGGAGCACAUGGAGAAGCUGAGCGCGUGGCUGGCGGACGGCACGUUCAAGUCCAAGCUGCACUUCACCGAGGGCAUCGACAACGCGGCCGAGGGCUUCGUGGAUAUGCUGGAGGGCAGGAACUUUGGCAAGGCCAUUCUGAGGAUCAAGUCUCUGGAUCAAUAG